CGGAUACCGACAGACUACAGGUAUCGGACGCCCCGACAGGCCAAGUAGUCAGGUCCCUCGCCACUCUCACCAGUUUGUAUCCAAUUCCAACCUAAAUAAUCUCCGUCUCUCUCGGCAGAAAAAUCGAGUCUUCCUUCCGCCGAGCCGCCGUAACCCCAAUCCUACAAGCUGCUCGUCGAGGGGCGCCCUCCAGUGGAUUCGCUUGAACAUCUUGCUGAAUUAGUAAUAUCGAUUGGAGCAGCAGACAUUGGUGGUGGGAUGAUGAGUAGCAGCAAGAGAAAGAGUGUCAUGCCAUCCUGUGGCGAGGCUGCCAAGAUUACGGCAGAGGCGUUCCCAAGCAACAAGAGGAAGAAGGCCGUUAUAGCUCUUUGUGCACAGUUGCUUCCUGAUGACAUGAUGUUGGAGGUGCUGCUUCGGCUCCCUGUCAAAUCCAUUCUCCGCUUCCAGGCCGUCUGCCGCUCUUGGGCUGCAGUCUUCUCCUCCAAGGAUUUCUGCAGCCUCCAUAUGGCAACAUCCAAGGUGCCACCACAAGCACCAAAGCUACUAGUUGUCUCCCCCACAGCAGAAUUGGACUCCACCUCAGUAUGCUCAUACUCACCGUCAAGCUCAAGCCCAAGCUCGAGAGAUGCUUUGCUCUUCACCGUUGACUCUGCCCGCCGCAACUCCGUGGAAGUAGUGAUGCCCUCACCUUGCUGUGGACUCACCCUUCUAUUUGAUGCUGUUGCGCCAGCUUACUAUGUUUGCAAUGCAUCCACAAGGGAAGUCACACGUUUGCCACCUCACAGUCUUCCAAAAUAUGAUUCCAGUGCUGGACUGGGAUUUGAUGCCCGGACAAGGGAGUACAAGGUCGUCAGGUUGAUCAAUGGGUUAUCUGAUGAUAAGGAGACGAUCAGGUGUGAUGUGUACACACCUGGAGCUGAUCGCUGGAGGCCUGCGGCUGGAGGAGUACCCUUCAAGUGGUCCCAGUUUGCAAAUUCUGCAGUUGCUCAUGCAAUGGUGAACAAAAUACCACCUGUGUUUGCCAAUGGAUUUCUGCACUGGUUGAUCAAUCCUUCUUUUAUCAUCAGAAGGCCAAGAGCUGCUAUCAUAUCCUUUUCUGUUGCAGAGGAAACCUUCGGAUGUGUCCGUUCACCGCCGUUCUGGGGACCAACAGAGCACCUGCGCUCCUGGGCCCAGUCAGAACGAGAGCACCUGGUUGUGAUGGAUGACCACCUGUGCAUUGUCCGGGACCUUCGCAACAGAACCCCUGAUGGUAGCACCUUGGAGAUUUGGGGACUGCUGGAUUAUGGCUCUGGUGAUUGGUCCCUCAAACAUCGAAUUGAUUUUCUUGGGCAAGCCAGAAGUGAAUUAGCUGAGCCAAAGGUUGUGAGGGUUAUUGGUUCUGUCGGCAAUGGCACUUUGGGGAAGAAGAUUGUCAUUGCUACCAGCGAGCGUUGGGCUCAUGAAAAGUUUCAGAAGAAGGUUUACACCUAUGAUCCUAGGUGUCAAGUUCUGGAGGCCAUUCUUUCUGUCAUCGAGACACACACCCGUCUUACACGUUUGAUCCCUGGUUCAAGAUUUAGCCUGUUUGAAGAGAGCCUUGCUCCAGUGCAUAAAACGGAUGAUGAGCUAGCCAUGCCAUAUACCCUGGCUAAGUUAACUAAAGAACUACUACCACUACAAGCUAAAUCAGCCAUGUAGACGAUAUUUAGCAGUGCCUUUGAUUGAUUGAGAGUGAAAACUUCAGCUAAAAGACAAAAGGGCACUGUUGUGGUGAUCUUCUAUCACCCAAGGACUUGAAUAAACCAUUUGAUAUGAUCUUACCUGGUUAAUAUGCAAAUCUGUUGUGGUAUUCUCUGAAGCUGCCACCUACAUUUUCUAGUACCAAUAAUAGCCACUUGAUGUCCAGCUUUAGAUUUACAAAGAGAACUGCAUUGGCGAUACAUAUUUUAUUUCUUGUUUCUUAUUUCAUAUGUCUUUAUAGACUUAUCCUGUGGUUGUUGCAUAUACCCUUAUUGAUUAUGCGAAAGGAAGCUGAAAGUUAGUCUGUAAAUAAAAUAUUUAUAACCAUAACAUAAUAUUGACACUAUCAGUGUUUGCAUGA